AUGGCUCUGCGUACAUCUGCCGACAAUGCAGAGGACGUGGCCGCUGGCUUUCGUCUUUUCCGCGACCCCCUGCCGGAGCAUUCAACGGAGAUCACCAGCCUGAUCGCCGAUCUCUAUGCAAUUAGCACCUCCCUCAAGAACCUCGAAGACUUGGCCCGCAAUCGCAACUACCGGCGCAACCUGCACGCCGUCCAGCCCGACCUAGAACUGGUUCGAGCAAGCUUGAAGUAUACGCUCGAAGAUGUUGUCGACUUCUUCGGAGACCUGGAGGCGCGGAGAGGCUCCAGCCGGGAGGUCUACAAACGGACAUGGGUUGACCUCUGUACUUUCUUCCGGGAGGAGUCGCACGACUCACUGUCUACCCGUCUAGCCAAGUAUAAGGCCUUUCUGUCCGAUUUGGAGGCUCUAAUGAAGGGGUUCGUUACUCCACGUGGCUCUCUCCGGAAAUGCAGUAAUGCACCCGAUGAUCGACUGAUGUCCUCUCUGCGACGCAAUCUCAAAGGUUUGUUGGUGCAGCAGGAAUCCCAGGUUGCGUCGCACCUGGGCUCCCUGUCUCUGAGUUCUCCCUCGUCGAGCAGCAGCAGUAGCAGCAGCAACACCAGUGGCGAACCCGGCAGUCCAGUCAAUGAUCGCAGACCCCGCACCCGACGAUCCUACGAGCGAGCUCGUCCGUCUCACCUGGGGCCCCAGUCGCCCACCUCCGCUUCAUCUGGCACCUUCUCGGAUAUCCCUCCCUCGGCUCCAGAUGCACCGGGCUCGCCCUCCACUACGACUGCCACGAGCCAAUCGACCAAUUCCAGUGUACUUGGCGAGCAUUGGGCGAGACGGGUGUUCUUAGAUGAUCACCCGCAAACGCCUAUCCCCUAUAUUGGCGAAAGCUCCAAGUGUCUGGGUGAACCCAAGUCCAAUCCGAAAGCAUGGCUAGAGGGCGAGGGAUUCGAGGAGCUUUUACAGUUAGCAUUCAAUAGCGAGACGGAUCUCAGAGUAUGCUUCUAUUUACGAGAUGAAGACCAUCGUGCACGCAUUGUGUGCAAAGCACGCCGUUCUGCGCGGUCGAACGAAUAUUUCAUCCUGCCCUUGAAUAUGCUGGAGAUCGUCCGUGUCGGAUCCUGUCUACAGUUGUGCCGGCGCCGUCGUGGGGGCAGCGAACUGGUUCUGUGGGCCAACCUCAAAUUCAGCACCAUCGAGCAGAUGGUGAUUUUCUUCUGCACCUUUUUGGCACUUCGAUCGCAAGAUUCCGGGCGUCCUGUGGCUGUGGAGAGUAUCCGCGAUUACGAGCUGGCGCAAGAGGAAGAACUCUUUGGAGGACAAAUUGUGGACGACGAUUUCCUUCAUGCAUUGCGUGUUUACCGGGACGAGGUGUCCGGCGCUGUGCGGCUCCAAGCAUCGGUCCACAAGGGGGAGUUGAAGCGAUCCCCCGUCUGGACGGCUUUUAUCACAGACCACAUCGGGACUCGCGGCUGGAUUCGCCGUACUGAGCCUAAGGUUGUGGUGUUGAAGGAGAUACGCCGGAGUCUCUUCACGUUCCCUGAUUAUACACCCCCUCAGACAACUCGGGGAGAGCAUGUCCUGAAAUUCACCCAUCGUUCAGAUGCGCAAGGAUUUUAUGAGACUAUGACUGAGCUCGCACAUGGAUGACACACAUGCUGUCAAAAGAAAAAUGGAUACGAUUGAUGACUGAUGAUUGAUGACCACUAAGAGUCAAUCCGGAGGUUUCCUGUUUGUUGUCGGAAUGACCGUGACGGUAGCAUGUGCUAUAUAUACAUAAAGCUGGUCUCAGACCAGGCAAUGAUACCCUUUGAUUACUCCGUGGACCU